GUGAAAUUUUUUUCACGCACACACACACAAACACACCCAAACUCCAAUCAAUUCCCCCCCCCCCCAAAAAAAACACUCCGCUCCACAGCGACCGGCCAGGCAUGAGCAGCGGUAGCAGAGGCGGACUGAGCAAGGACACGCAGGCGCUUGUUGCGCAGAUGAUGGCCGACUCCAAGCUCACGGCGUUCCAGCGCCGGCAACUGGAGGCAAAGAUGAAGGCGGGCAAGGCGUUACCAACCAAGGUGGACCCCACAUCAUCAGCGCAGAGGCCCGACCCAACGAAGCGGCAAGCCGGCGCACGUAAGCCCGCGAGAAAGCCCAGCGUGGACAAGAUCCAGCACAGGAAGCCGCUGUCGGCCAUUGUCUCGUCCACGGGCGGGUAUGCGCGGCCCAAGUACGAGGCGCAGCCGGGGAAGGAUCGCGGCCUGGCACGCGAGCAGCUGGCGGAUGAGCUUGCCUUUGGCAAGGACAUCGCCCAGGCGAAGCAGGCCAUCCGCGAGAAGGGCAGAACCGCGUCGCGCGCAUCAACCACAGCACAGCCGCCGCAGCGCGUGCAAACGGAGCCCCAGGUUGACCUGUUUGACAUCUUGGUGCAGGAGAUUGAGGAGCGGCAGGAGCACCUAAACGAGCUGCGGCAGGCGCGGCACGACCCACAGGCCAUUGCGCGCGUCAAGGCAGAGAUCUCGCAGCGCAUCCGCCAGCUGGAAUUGCUCGAUCGCCAACGGUCCCAGGGCAUCCGCAAACACAACCCAGCAUGAAAGCAGGAGAGGAUGGGUGUACAUUGUGUGUGUGUGUGGGGGGGGGGGUGUCUGUGUCUGUGUGU